AUGCAACGACUCCAGGUUCCGAAGAAGCUCGUCCAGCGGACGGUUACCGCCGAACGGGUCUGGGCGCGCAAAGCGAAGAAGGAGGCACGGUGGCAACAGGCUCAGACAAGGAGCGAACGCUUCAGGGAGCAGCGCACGCAGCUCGACGAGCUCAACGAAGAUAUCCAGGUCGCCCGCACCGCCCGAUGGGAGAAAUGGCAGAUGGGCCCCAUCGCGCCCCGCCGCGACAUCUUCGAAGCCUGGGGCGCCACCGACACCAACCGCCAAAGCCGUCAGUCCAUACUCAGCCCGAAAGAGCUCCAUGACCGCUGCGCGUGGGCCGGCGGUGUCAAGAAGCUCAACAUCAAGCCCAAGGACCGAGUCGUUGUUCUCGAGGGACCCGAGAGGGGCAAGAUUGACACUAUCGCGAGUAUCAACGACGAAACUGGCACCGUGACGCUGGAUAACAUUUGCAAGACCACGACCAAGGUCCCGGAUCGCUUCCAAACAGUCCUCGACGCCCCCCCGACCCAGAAUGUCCCGAUGAACAUACCCAUUUCGGCGAUUCGCCUCGUCCACCCCAUAGUCGAUGAGACAACCGGCAUCGCCCGCGACGUCAUCAUCCGCCAACUCACCCGCCGCGGCGAGGAUCGCCAUGUUGUCGGCGAAAACAUCAUCAUCCCCUGGCCCAAAGAAGAACCAGCCGACAGCGUCGAGCACCCGGUCGACACAAAGGUCAUGGACGUCGACGCCCAGACCUACGUGCCCAGCCUCACGAUUAAACCGAUUCCCGAGGGUGUUAUCAACGAGCUGCGCAACAGGACCUCCGUCUUCCGCACCCGCCACGACGCAAGGUACAUCAAGAAGGUGAUCAGGAGGGAGGAGGAGAAGAAGGCGGAGAAGUCGAACAGCGCCGAGGCCAACAUAUCCAUUCGCACCCCGCUGCAGGAGUUGAACCGCCAGCAGCGCAACGAGAGACGGGCCCGUGGAAAGCCCGCGUUGUCGGAGAGCAUGCUCGAGAAGAUUGGAGAGGUCAUCGCGAGGAACAAGGCGAGGACGCUGAACGACUCUGGCCUGUCCGAGGUCAAGUCUGCUACACCAGUCCUGGAUGCGAUCAAGGAGAGUCAUACGCCGCAUCUAUAG